GAGUGAAGUGUGAUUAUUAUAGAAUUUAUAUAUUUCGCCGGGUUUUCAUUUCUUAAUAAUUUUAGUCUCUAGCUUUAAAUAUUAUUUUAUUUCGUUAACAAUUUCUUUGUAGUUUUAAAGUCUGUGAUUUACAUAUUAUUUUUAUGGUGAAUAAUUAAUACUGUGCAAGAGAAUUACAAUUCUAUGUACUUAAUAUUAUUAUUUUUAAUACAAAUACGAAGGUAGUUGUGAAGAAUUUCCAAGUGUUCUUAGUGUUCAAUAACUGUGCCGUCCAAUUCCAAUACCAUGAUAAUUUUAUGCUAAUACUACAAAAUUACAUUUCUACCCUUCACGUGAAGAGUUAAAGAUUUGAACUUGUUCGAAUCGGCAUGGAGUCUUCCAAGAAGAAGGGCCGUCCACCACACCCCAGAGCAACAGCAAAUCCACUAUCAGCACUCACUUUUGGAUGGACCUUGCCAAUAUUUUGGGGUGGUUUGAAAAAAGAAUUGGAAGAACAUGACCUGUAUGAGCCAUUAGAUGAACACUCUUCUGGCCCUUUAGGAGAUAAGUUUGCUCGUCUGUGGGAGGAGGAAGUAGCUCGUGCUGGCAGCAAGCGUACACCUAGUCUACUACGAGUGAUUGUGAGAGCGUAUGCUGCGCGAUGUAUGCUGUACGGCAUUGUCCUGCUGUUCAUGGAAUGUGGGAUACGGAUAGCCCAGCCGGUGUUUCUGGGUAAACUCGUCGAGUACUACAGUCCAGGAACGCACAAUAUUCAGCGAAAUGAGGCAUACUUCUAUGCAGGCGCCGUGGUGCUGUGUUCCGCUCUCAAUGUCUUCGUUGUGCAUCCAUACAUGAUGGCCAUACUCCACAUGGGUAUGAAGUUCAGGGUAGCCUGCUGUUCACUUAUUUACAGAAAGUCGCUGAGGCUGUCGAAAACGGCCCUCGGGGAGACAACAGUGGGACAAGUAGUGAAUCUUUUGUCUAACGAUGUGAACCGAUUCGACGUAGCAAUAAUUUUUCUGCAUUACCUAUGGAUUGGACCGCUCGCCACCAUCAUCAUCACAUAUUUUAUGUGGCUGGAGAUUAGUUGGGCAGCGGUUGUUGGAGUAGCCUUCAUGCUGGCUUUCAUACCAUUACAAGCAUAUCUGGGCAAACGCACAUCGGUCUUGCGCCUGAGGACGGCCUUGAGGACUGACGAGCGCGUACGGCUCAUGAACGAAAUCCUCUCUGGCAUGCAAGUUAUUAAGAUGUAUACAUGGGAGAAACCUUUUGCUGACCUUGUCGCUAAAGCCAGAAAACAGGAAAUUAAGCAGAUCCGCUCGACGUCGUACAUCCGCGGCGUGCUCACCUCCUUUAUAAUGUUCACGACGCGCAUAUGUCUGUUUUGUUCUAUACUGGCGUUUGUGUUGGUCAAUAACAUGAUCACUGCCAAACAAGUGUUCGUAAUCACCAGCUUUUAUAACAUACUACGGCAGACUAUGACCGUAUUCUUCCCUCAAGGGAUCGCUCAAGUAGCAGAAGCCACAAUAUCCAUAAAACGUCUCCAAAACUUUAUGCUUUAUGAAGACACAACUAAACCCGUACCUGGACUGGCUGAGAUACAAACCUCAAGGAAAAAAGCAGAUGAACCAAGCCAAGAGCCAAUAAAAAAUGUUAUAAAUAAUUCAAAAGAAGAAUCUAAACACUCUGGAAUCUCAUCGGAAUCUGUUGAACCAAAUAAUCUCGAAGAGCCCAAAGGCAAUGGUAAUGUGAAUUUGGCACCUCUCGAGUCGGGAGAGGAGGAUGAACAGGAGUUGUCUACACACUUAGACCAAGACUCCCGGGGCGUGAGACUAAAACAUGCAACUGCUAAAUGGAUUGUCGCGCAUCCAGAGAACACCCUCACAGAUCUCUCACUCACCAUCAAACCUGGCAAAUUAAUAGCAGUAAUAGGACCAGUUGGCGCUGGUAAGUCUUCGCUACUCCACGUGUUACUGCGCGAGCUGCCUUUAACAUCAGGCAGUUUGCACAUCGGCGGAACCGUGUCUUACGCAAGCCAAGAACCAUGGCUAUUUGCAGGCAGCGUCCGUCAGAAUAUCCUAUUCGGGCAACCGAUGGACCGGCCGCGAUAUAACACGGUCGUCCGUCGGUGUGCACUUGAUCGAGACUUCACGCUGCUGCCGCACGGCGACAAGACCGUCGUCGGAGAACGUGGCGUUAGUCUCAGUGGAGGACAACGUGCACGCAUUUCGCUAGCGCGUGCGGUGUACAAGCGCGCAGACGUGUAUUUGCUGGACGACCCGCUGUCAGCCGUGGAUGCGCACGUGGGCCGACACCUGUUCGAGUCCUGCGUAGUGGGCUACCUGCGGAAUACCACGCGAAUUCUUGUCACGCACCAACUGCAGUUCCUACGAGACGUUGACCAGAUAAUAAUAUUGAAAAAUGGAGCAAUAGCAGCUGCUGGUGAUUUCGACACACUGAGUGCAUCUGGACUUGAUUUCGCGUCAUUACUCGCGCGUAGGGAAGAAGAGGAAGAGAAACCAUCUGAACAGACGCCGGCAUCUGAAAACGAGGAGACGGUCUUACAAGGCAGCUUCCGGAAGAGACAGAUGAGCAUACACUCAGUAAGUUCAGUGGACAACCUGACGAGCACGGCGCCCCCGGAGGGCAUGGAGGAGACGUCGGGCGGGUCGGGAGCCCGGGGCGGGGCGGAGACUCGUGCGGCCGGCGCGGUGUCGGGCGCCGUGUACGGCGCGUACCUCCGCGCCAGUGGACACGCGCUGCUCGUCGCCCUCAUGACCUUCGUGGCCGUCCUGGCGCAGCUGCUAGGGUCCGCCUCCGACUGGUGGACGGCAUUUUGGGUGAACUUAGAAGAAGUGCAUCCGUACGAAGCAUUGAAGAGCAAUAUUAGUAACUCGUCACUACCGGAAGAUCUCGGCGGUAACUACGAGAAGCCACUCGUAACCGAUGUAGUGUACGACACCGUUGGUUUAUCAAGAUACGAAUGCAUAUAUAUUUAUACCGGCAUGGUGGUUGCUCUAGUGGUUAUAUCACUAUUGCGCUCAUUCAUGUUCUUCUCGAUGGCGAUGCGCGCGUCCACGCGGCUCCACAACAACAUGUUCGAGGCCAUCACGCGCGCGCCCAUGCGCUUCUUCCACGUGAACCCCUCCGGCCGCAUCCUGAACAGGUUCUCCAAAGACAUGGGAGCCGUCGACGAGGUGCUGCCGUCCGCGCUCCUCGACGUUUUACAGAUCGGUCUAUCGUUAAUUGGUAUCGUGGUGGUGGUAGCGGUGGUGAAUUACUGGCUGCUGGUGCCUACAUUCGCAAUUGGCGUGGUGUUCUACAUACUACGCAUCUUCUAUUUGUCCUCCUCGCGCAGCAUCAAGCGCCUCGAGGGUGUGACUCGCAGUCCUGUGUUCUCGCAUCUCAACGCUUCACUACAAGGGAUCACAACUAUCCGUGCCUUCGGCGCUCAAGAGGCACUCAUUAGGGAGUUUGAUAAUCACCAAGAUUUACACAGUUCUGCUUGGUAUUUAUUCAUCGCGAGUUCUCGUGCGUUUGGCUUUUGGCUGGACUUGGUGUGCGUGGCGUACAUAGCCAUGGUGACACUUAGCUUCCUCGUUUUUGGACAAAAUGAAUACGGCGGUAAUGUGGGGCUGGCAAUAACACAGGCGAUGGGUCUCACCGGCAUGUUCCAGUGGGGCAUGCGUCAGUCCACUGAGCUUGAGAACCAGAUGACAAGCGUUGAAAGAAUACAAGAGUACUCGAAUAUCGAGUCCGAGCCGCCGCUGCAAUCGCAGGGCGAAAACAAGCCGCCGCCGUCGUGGCCAGAAGCCGGUGGGCUGCAGUUCCGUCAUGUGUUCCUGUACUACGCGCCUGGAGAGCCGCCCGUACUACGAAACCUCACGCUCGAUAUACUGCCCAAGGAGAAAGUGGGCAUCGUUGGACGCACUGGCGCUGGGAAAUCCUCGCUCAUUAAUGCGCUCUUUAGAUUAGCAACAAUCGAGGGUGAAAUAGUAAUCGACGGUCGGGAGACGUCGACGAUGGGUCUGCACGAGCUGCGUAGUCGGGUAUCGAUUAUCCCUCAGGAGCCGGUAUUGUUCUCGGGCACCAUGCGCCAUAACCUCGACCCGUUCGACGAGUAUCCCGACCAGGUGCUCUGGAAGGCGCUUGAAGAGGUGGAGCUAAAGGAGGCAGUACGCGAGUUGCCGGCGGGCCUGAACUCGCGCAUGUCUGAGGGGGGCGGGAACUUCUCGGUCGGCCAGCGGCAGCUCGUGUGCCUCGCGCGCGCCAUCGUCCGCCGCAACCGUCUGCUCGUGCUCGACGAAGCCACCGCCAACGUCGACCCACAAACGGACGCAUUAAUUCAAACGACAAUAAGAAAUAAAUUCGCAGAAUGCACAGUACUUACAAUUGCUCAUCGUUUACACACUGUUAUGGAUUCUGAUAAGGUGCUGGUAAUGGAUGCCGGUCAAAUGGUGGAGUUCGACCACCCUCACACUCUGCUGCAGCGUGCCGACGGCGUGCUGCGGGGGAUGGUCGACCAGACCGGCCGCUCCAUGGCCGACACUCUCGCCAGGGUGGCGCAACAGACGUAUGAGAAAAAACAACAAGCUGCGCCGAAGGCUUCUAACUGAUGAUCUAGAUCUUUUAGUUAUAGCUUAUCAAAAUAUACACGUUCCUAUAUUUGAUAAUGGUAUUAUGAUCUGAAUAAAUGAAUUUGUAAUCUGAACUGGAGGUAGAAAUUUCUAACACGUCGCUCAAGCAAAGCUAAUUAAUUAUACAAGAUAUGUAUGUAGGUAGCCUAUAGUGUACUCAGAAUGAAACCUUCAGAACUAACUGUUCUUAUUGUGCGACAUUGGAAUAUAUUUUAUAAACAAAAUAUAAAGAGGAACAUGUUAGUAUAAGUAGAACGUUUUUUGAAAAUUUUAAAUGUUCACACUAAUUUCGAACUUGCAACUAUAAUGGAUAUAUUUAGAAUGUCUACAAAAAAUUACGUGACUGUGCCAUUCCAGUUUUGAUAGGUUCCAUAACUCUGGCCAAACUGUUCCGGUCAGUUUAAUUAUGUCACAACAUGGAGCUUGAACUUGUUUUUAUAAAACGAUUUAUUUUUAAGAAUAGUUCUUAAUUGUAAUAAUUAAUAAUACUUAGAUGUUUUUACAAACGACAAGUGAGAUUUUAUAUAUUUUUGAAUCCAUAUGCAAUGAAAAUUUUUAUAGUUUAUAUUAUGAGCUCGAACCAAAUGAAAAUCUCGUUAUAUUGUUGUGAUUGUGCGUGUCUAUGGUCCAAUGAAGUGAUACCGGUGCUUAGUACAUUACUUACGUUAUUUGUACUUACGGCGUUACUUUAUCUUAAAAAUCAUGAUUGUAGGUAUAAUAACUAUGUACUUACGUAUUAUAAAUCGUAUGUGAAUUAUACGUAACUUAAAUGCAUUGUACGAAUAUAUACAUUUUAUUUUGUAAUGUAAUUAUUGAUAAAUAGAUUUUAUGCAGUGAUUUUUAUUUAAUUUGAAUGUGAUAAUGUUUUGAACAUACAGUGCCUGUUUAAAAAGUUAGCACUAAGAAAUUUGUUAUUAUUAUUACAUGAAA